AUGAAUGCACAUAAGGCACGGUUUAUGGAGGCGUUGGCUAACGUCACCAGGGGUCAAGAGGAUUUGCGAGUUCUCGUCGAGAAUUCCAGGAGGACUGAAAAUGAAGGACAUCAGUAUGGUUUGUUUGACGAUGUGUCGGGCCGUAUUGACGAUCAUCAUGAUGAGAAUGAGUUCAAGCAUCCUCACUAUGUGGCUUAUAAUCCUUUCAACCAGAAUCAGGGCUUCCCACCACCACCUUCGUCUCGUCUAUUGGGGAGGAGAGAUAAUCAGAACCGUGGUAAUCAGGAUUUCAACUUCGAGAAUGUUGAUCAGUUGUCUAGGCAUAGCGCUGAGGGUGCGCAGGAGGAAGUUGAAAGGUAUCGUCUGAUCGAGGAGCGUUUGAGGGCUGUUGAAGGCAAACGGGUGUUGGGCAUGGAUAUUAAUGAUCUAGGUUUGGUGCCAAACAUGAGGAUUUCGCCAAAGUUCAAAGUUCCUACCUUUGACAAGUACAACGGAGUUACCUGUCCCUUGACUCAUGUUAAGGCUUAUUACUGCAAGAUGUCGGUUUACUCAGAGGAGGAAGGUUUCUUGAUGCACUUCUUCCAGGAUAGCUUGGCUGGAGCUUCCUUGGAAUGGUACAUGCAACUCGAGCGUGCUCACAUCCAUUCAUGGAGAGAUCUUGUCGAGGCUUUUAUUAAGCACUAUCAGUACAUUGUUGACAUGGCACCCAAUAGGACUCAGCUGCAGAGUUUGGUUCAAGGGUCCAAAGAAUCUUUCAAGGAAUACGCUCAGAAAUGGCGUGAGUUAGCUGCGAGAGUUCAGCCGCCAAUGACUGAGCGCGAGAUGAUUGAUAUGUUCACAAGCACUCUGUCGGGACAUUACUAUUUGGCUUGUAGUACUUUUGCAAGUUUUGCUGAGAUGGUUAGAUGUGGUGAACGUGUCGAGAUGGGCUUGAAGAUGGGAAAGAUACAGUUAGGUGGCGUCGCUACUAGUUCUACUGGUGGAAAGAAACAAUCAGAGGGUUAUACCAAAAAGAAAGAAGGAAACACGGAUGCUGUGUAUGGGAAAAGUGGCCAAGGAAGAAGCAAUUCUCAGGUUAACGUUGUUACUAUUCCUAUGCCGCAGCAACAACAACAACAGGGGCAGCGCCCUCAAUAUCAAAAUAACCAGUAUCGGCAGAGAAGGGAUAGAAAGAUUGAUCCGAUUCCUAUGACAUAUGCUCAGCUAUUGCAGCACUUGCUCAGCAUUGGAAAGAUCACUUUGAGAGACGCUCUGAAUGCUCCAGAUCGUCAGUCUCCGAACUAUAUUGCGAAUGCACGGUGUGCUUUCCAUUCUGGUGCUGCUGGACAUGAUACACAGAGGUGUAUUGCAUUGAAAAACAAAGUCCAAGAUUUGUUGGAUCAAAAGGUUAUUCAAUUCACUCCGACACCAAACAUUGUCAACAAUCCUAUGCCUACCCACGGAGGAGACGCAGGUGUGAAUGCCAUUAAGGAUGAAGGGAUAAGUGUUGUAUCUGAUGUGGGCUGUUUGACUUUCCCUCUUGUGUCUGUGAAGAAACAUCUGGUUAAUAGUGGCAUCUUCCCGGGCUGUGGUGUCGAUUGUGAGAAUUGCAAGAAUCAACCUGAGGGCUGUUUUUAUUUGAAGAGUAUGGUUCAGAGAUUGAUGGAUGAAGGUCCUCUCCAAUUCUAUAGAAAAAGGAGAAACGUGAGGGUUGCAAAUGACGAGGUGGUGGUGCCUGUUCAGAUACCUGUCGUCAUUCCUUAUGCAGAGCAACCAGCAGCAUUAAUGAUCACUGUUCCUGGGCCGAUUCCAUAUGAGAGUGAGAAGGCCAUUCCUUGGCACUAUGGCUCAGAUGUGUACUACUAUGGCACAAAGAAAGAGGAUGAGUUGAAAGUCAAAUUUGUGGACGUCGCAGUUGCAAACACUGAUAAUUUUGUCGGUACUGGUAGGAUCACUCGCAGUGGUAGGGUGUUCUCUCCUCAGCUUGUACAAAACAAUGCAGAUGCUUUGGCUAAGGCCAAAGGUAAACAAGUGGUGACUGAUGAUCAGAACUCUCCGGUUUAG